AUGACAGAGGUAUCCCGCUUGUUUCCAUUGGAACUCCCGGAACCUCUGUUUUUUAGCGCGCGGUUCGGCCGCCCGCGCGGCUCUCCCAGCAAGGACGUGCCUUCUCGACCCCCCUUGACGCACGCGGUGAAGGAGUAUAACGACAGAACCAAUCUACGCGAAAGCGCCUGCCUGUAUCUACGAGAGGGCACCAUGGGCGUAUGCUCGUCCAAGAGUGAUGCCGCCGGAGCCUCUGCGGGAGGACCCACGGGGGACUACGGUGGCGGCACCAACAAUAAGGGAGGGGGUUGCACCGACUUGAGCCCCGCCUCGUCCAAGGGCGCGGGCGGAGACCUUCGGUACAACAUGCUCAAGGCUAGCAAGGGGGACCGCUUUCACGAGACCUAUGAGGUUCAACCGGGUGAGCUGGGCACGGCCGCCAUGGGCUGCGUCGUGCGAGCGGGGCUCAAGAAGCGCACGGGAGAAAUGUUCGCGUGCAAGACCUUCAUGGUGAGCAGCGUCCCGAAGAAGAAAGCGCAACGCCGCAUUUUGGAAACCCUCCGCAACGAGAUAGACCUCCUACGGAGCCUGGACCACCCAAACAUCGUCAGGGCCUACGAGUCUUACGAGGUUGGGCAGGACUUGCACCUGGUCAUGGAGCUGUGCCGCGGCGGCGACCUCGGCGCGAGAACGUACACGGAGGCGCAGGCGGCCGCCGUGGUUCGUCAGGUGCUGUCGGCCAUACUGCACGCUCACCAGAAGGGGAUCUGUCAUAGGGACCUCAAGUUCGAGAACAUCCUGUGGGAGUCCAAGGCCGAAGACGCUCAGAUCAAGUUGAUAGACUUUGGCAUGUCGGCACGGUUCCAGGAGGGCAUGCCUAUGAAAGAGCGCGUGGGCACCGUGUACACCAUGGCUCCGGAGGUGCUUCAGGGGGAGUACACGAAGCAGGCGGACCUGUGGAGCGUGGGCUGCAUAACCUUCCACCUCAUCGCGGGGGAGCCGCCGUUUGAGUGCGAGAACGAGGUGGACACCAUGCGCAGGCUGCUGGCCGUCCAGUACUAUUGGCCCAUCGGGUCGAAGGUUUCGAGCGAGGCAAAAGGUUUAUGCUACAACCUCCUCAAGUUCGACCCCCGUCGCCGCUGGACAGUGGAGGAGGCGAUCGCGUCCCCGUGGAUCAAGCGCUUCGCCCCGGGGGGGCCCGACGCCUCCCCUCCGGCCACAGCGGUGGCACGGAGCCCCCGCAACGUGAACGCCUCCUCCGCGUUCUCCUCGUCGAACUCCCGGGUGGUGGUUCGGGAGAGCACUCCAUCGACAAUAGCCUCGUCCUCAUCGACGUCCCUGGCUGGAACUGCGGCGGCGGCGGCGGAAUCGCCGAAGGUCCCGCCGCCGGAUGCGGCGAGAUUGGCCGCUGGUGCGGCGGGAUUACCGCCGCCUCCGAGCGUGGCCGCGAGUAGUGGUAGUACCGCGGCGGUCGGCGGGGGUUCAGCAGAGGAAGCCGCUCGGGAGACGGGGAGGGGGGACGGCAAAUCGCAGGAGGAGGAGGAGGAGGAGGAGGAGGAGGAGGAUGAUGCCCUCGGAGAAAUGCCGCAGGAGGCGCCGAUCUCCGUGCGGAUGCUCUCGAGUAUGCGGGACUACCGGUCGUACGGGGCCCUUAGGAGGACGGCCCUCAUGGUGGUGGCGUACAACCAGUCCCCCGACAAGCUGCGGGAGCUUCGGAACGAGUUUGUGGACUUCGACACCGAGAGAAACGGAAAGAUCAGCAGGGGGGAGAUGCGGACGGCGCUGUCCCAGCGAGGAGUAAGCCCGGAGGAGAUCGAGGAGCUCUUCGAGAGCCUCGACGUGGACCAAAGUGGCGACAUCCACUACCUGGAGUUUCUGGCGGCUACCAUCGAGGCUGUCGGAGCCACGGAGGAGGUGCGUCUGCGGCAGGCUUUCGAGAGGCUAGACAUCGACGAGAGCGGGUCGAUCACCGUGGACAACCUCAGGGAGAUCAUGGGUCCCAGCUACGACGAUGAGGCGAUCCACAAGACUCUGGAGGAAGCGGACACGGGGCAGGACGGUCGGGUGGAGUGGGAGGACUUUUUGCUGCUGAUGCGAGACCGGCGGGGCGUCGAGACGCUCGUCGCCCAGGAGAGAAAGGCGGUGGACGAGUUAAAGAGCAAGAUUUCUCCGGGGCCCGCGUCAUCUGCCUCUUCUUCUGCGUUGGUGUCCGCAGUAGUCGCAGUUGGAGGGCAGGGUGAGCUGGCCACGUGCGUAGCCCCGGAAGAGGAGGCAGCUUCAACAAGAGGACCGUCGACGUUGCCAGCCGAUGACGAUGUAGCAGAAGAGGCAGCAGCAACAGGGGCGGCUACGGAGGGAAGGGGGGCGACGGCGGCGGCAGCAGAGGGGGGUGGGGCAGCGACGGCAGGUGCGGGGACCCCAGCGUCGAGAACAGCAGCAGGCGAAGCGGAGCCAAGUUCUUGGCAAGAAGGAGAAGGAGAAGGAGGAGGAGUCGGGCUUGGGAUCGGCGACGGCGGCAACGACGCAAGAGAAGGCGGUGGUGGUGGCGGCGGGGACGAUUCUCUUGCAGAGGUGGUGGCGGUAGCGGCGACGCUUCUGUCAUAG